ACAUAUAUCCCGUCAAUGGCUGGAGCUCUUCCUCACCCACUGCAAGCCAUUGUAAUCUCCACCAUGGAAACAAUCUCCUACAUCUCCCUCUUCCUUUCUCUUCUCAUCCUCUUCGUCAUCAAACUCCUCUUCUUCUCCGAGAAGAAGAAGAACCUCCCACCAAGCCCUCCCUCCCUCCCCUUCCUCGGCCACCUCCAUCUAUUGAAGAAACCCCUCCACCUCACCCUCGCCCGGCUCUCCGACCUCCACGGUCCCAUCCUCCGCCUCCACUUCGGCUCCCGCCUAGUCCUCGUCGUCUCCUCCCCUUCCGCCGUCGACGAGUGCCUCACUAAGAACGACAUCACAUUCGCCAACCGUCCUCGCCUCCCGUCCUUGAAGCCGAUAAGCUACAACUACACCUCCAUCGGCGGCGCUAGCUAUGGGCCCCACUGGCGCAACCUUCGCCGCAUCACCACCGUCGAGCUCCUCUCCACCCACCGCCUCCAAUCCUUGUCCGACAUCCGAGCCGACGAGGUCCAGGCCACGGUUAGACAGCUCUUUCGAGACUGCAGGAAGGCCUCCUCGGCGGAGGGCUUUUCGAAGGUGGAGCUCAAGUCAAGGCUGUUCGCACUUUUUAUGAACGUGCUCAUGAGGAUGAUCACAGGGAAGAGGUACUACGGGGAGGAGGAAGGGGAGGGUGGGGUCUCCGAGGAGGCGAGACGUUUCAGGGGGCUAGUCGAGGAAGGUGCCUCCUUGAUCGGAGCAUCAAAUCUUGGCGACUUCUUUCCGGUGCUGAGGUGGGUUGAUUACAAGGGAGUUAACAAGAGGUUGGUGACGGUGCAGAAAGGAAGGGAUGAGUUCAUGCAGAGACUGAUAGAUGAGCAUAGGAGCAAAAGCAAGGAUGAAGGGGUGGAGAAGAAGACCAUGAUGGGUGUAUUGCUAUCGCUACAGAAGACGGAUCCCGAGUACUACACCGACCAGAUGAUCAAAUCUCUUGGCGCGAGUUUAUUAGCAGCAGGCACAGAUACUUCAUCUGAUACAGUUGAAUGGGCCAUGUCUCUCCUACUAAACAACCCGCAGACACUGAAAAAGGCCAGGGAAGAGAUAGAUGCCUGUGUGGGAAAAGGUCGCCUGCUAGAGGAGGCAGAUUUUUCUAACCUUCCAUACCUCCAGUGCGUCAUCACUGAAACUCUUCGGUUGUACCCAACGACCCCACUCCUGCUGCCUCAUGAAUCAUCCCAAGAGUGCAGUGUGGGAGGCUUUCAUAUUCCACACGGAAUGAUGCUGCUGGUCAAUGCAUACUCAGUUCACAGGGACCCCAAGGUAUGGGAGGAGCCUACAAGGUUCAUGCCGGAAAGAUUUGAGGGUGGAAAAGGGGAAGGGAAGUUGAUGAUCCCCUUUGGGAUGGGAAGGAGAAGGUGCCCGGGUGAAGGCCUUGCAGUGAGGGUGGUUAGCCUAGCAUUAGGAGCCUUGAUACAGUGCUUUGAGUGGGAAAGAACUGGAAAGGAAGAGGUGGACAUGACAGAAGGCUCAGGUCUAACUCUGCCCAAGGCUAUUCCUCUAGAGGCCAUGUAUCGGCCACACCAAAGCAUGCUGGAUACUCUCAAGAAACUCUGAAUCAUUUCUGCAUGAUUUAAUCAAGGAUUAGCUAUAAAUACUAGUUGACAGUUCGACUGAAAUCUUUUAGAUAAGUAUUUUGAUAGUGACUAUGUAUUGUUGAUUUAUGUUUAGUGUAUUGUUUUAAGUGGUCAGUUAUUACCAUGUAUGUGUUUUUCCUUUUUUUUGUUGGGAUGUUUGUUACUUGUUGAUUUAGUCUUCCUAUCACGUUAUAGCAGUUACGAAACAUGGGCUAUGUUAUUGCUUCCAGUUUUAUUUUCAGUUCUCUGUAAGACUAUUUAACAGCUAAGUUUGUUAUUUAAUAUUAUCAAGACGAUUUCCU